CAAACCCGUUGCUAUGGCAACCGCCAAAGCGUACACAAGAUCUGUUAAUUGCAAGAGCAUGUGUUCACUUUUUCUACGUUGUUUACCUUUCGUAAAUGAAUUCCUUAAAUACAAGGCAAUACACGGCGAUUGUAACUGUGCAAUACGUUAUAUUACUCUUUGAUAUCUGUGUAAAUUCGUUCGCGAGCUUUGCCAGGCAGCAUCCAACAGAUUUAUUGGUGCUUUACGUGAUUCAAGAUUUUUGUCUAAUCGUGGCCCUCACGCUUCUUUUGGUAAACUUUUUUUCUACUUACAUCUUCCAGCAAAUUGCAUUUCAGGCAGGAUUGAUACAACUGCUAUAUACGAGAUUCCGCAUGACGUUAGUGUUAUGUAUUAUAUACAUGGUACUGUCCAUCAGUUUGCACACGUGGCAUAUUACUAUACAUUGGUCAGCACCAUUAAAACAUUAUUGGACGAAGGGAUUUCAUGCUCUUUAUUCUAUACAUAGAACAGUUGCAGUACUAUAUUAUUAUUUCUACAAAAGAGCCUCUUUGAGGAUAGGUGAUCCAAGAUUUUACAAGGGCUCCGCCUGGGUACAAAAGCAAUUAAGCAUCUUGUAAUCACAUGUUUAUAAAUUGAAUAAUGUGUGAAAGAUGAUUGUAGCUACAUAGUAAAAUAGAUGUAAGGAUAUAUUGAUUUGUAUUUCAAAUUUAUGUGAUUUUUUCGAACUAUUUACAGCGGCUUUGUUAUUUUUACAAAUUUAUAAGAUUACAUUACAUAAACGAAGCAAUGUUUGAUGUAGCGUGUGACAAAAUGAUACAUCAAUCUUCCAAAUUUAUAUACAAAUAUUUCACUUAUAUACAGUAUGUAAAAAAUUUCUAUUAAAAAGUAUUUUUGUACUAUCUUUAUGUGAUAGAAAAGAUUUAACAAAAAUUUCGAGUUAUACAAGAACCUUAUAUCUGAUUGAUAUUAUACUUAAUUAACUGCACAGUAUAGAGUUGUUAAUAAGAAUAUUCAAAAUUCAGUACAUACUGCAAAAUCUACAAUUAAUGUAAUAAUAGAUUAAUUAGAUACCCUGUUAUUAACUUUUGAGAAUUUUCCUACUUGGCUACACGAAAAUUUCGAUUUUUGGUUUGAAUUAAUUUUCUCUUAUUUUCUCACUUGAUGACAAAAUUCUAAAGUAUUAACAUACAUUAAGCUAUAUAAUUAAGUAAAACGAAACAAUGACAUUUUUAUUAAGAAACAUUAGAAUACAAUUUCGAUAGUUUCGAUUACAUGUGUCAUUAUUUAUAGAUAUAAAUUCGUAGUAAUUUUUUUUUUAAUAAAUUGUUCCGGUUGGAACAAGAUCGCCUU